GUUAGUGUUACAGCAACUGCGAGUAAAAUGGAGGUGGACAUCGCCGACGACGUCCCCUGUUCUUCCAUUGCCGUCGAUUCCGUCAUUCGCAUGGGCACCGCUGGCUUAAUCUGGGGCUCCUGUACCGGUCCCUACGACGCCAACAAAUUAGGUCUUGCUGGCAUUCAUCGAGCUUCUUUUAUUGCUAAGUCAGUUGGUCGGUUUGGCUUUCAGUGGGGAAUGUUUGCUGCAAUAUUUUCUUCCACUCGUUGUGGGCUUCAGAGAUAUAGAAGGCGAAAUGAUUGGGUUAAUGUUUUGACUGCUGGUGUUGUAGCGGGGGCUGCCUUUGGUGCAGGCACCCGAAACUGGAAGCAGGUUGCUGGAGCAACAGGUCUUGUGUGUCUCUUGUGUCAUGUUGCUGAUGACUCCAGAUAAAUUUUGACUCUGAUUUGUUGAAAAAGGACUGAGAUAGUUCGCAGUAGUACUGAAAAUCGAUGGACCCUUUGUCUCCAUCCAUACGAAUCCGUGUAAGACUAACUCUAUCAUGUUGAUUUAGUAAAGCAUGGCAUAGCAGCAUGCUUCACCGAAUGGAAAACAAAAUCUAGCUAAUUGAAGUUCAUACAUGAUUUAUGAUGUCGAUUUCAUAGGCCGUUAGUCAUAUUCCAUGUGUUAGGGAAAUAAACCGAACAUAAGAAUUAAGAAUCAAGUGUAUCUUUGUUGUUAUUUUUU